AUAAACCAACUUUCAACCAGAGAUAGAGCAACAUACAAUGACAAUUGUCAGUGGAAACAUUAUCAAGAUGUGGAUGAUGAUAAAAAAAAGAUGAGUACUAAAGAAGCUACAAUUCUAGCAAAAAAGUACAAAACUAAAUCUGAAAAAAGAACAAGAAGUAGAAGAUUAAUUGUACUGAAUUAUCGUGAAUUACUUACAGGUACAGAUGUUGGAACUUUCAUUAAAAAAAUUAUAUACACAGAUAAAAACCCCUCUCAAGAAAAUGAAAAGGAAGCAAUGACUGAGAAUUCUUUUAAAAAAAUUACUUCCAAGGAAAUGAUAUGA